AUGUACGGUAUCCAAGUCCUCGGAUCUCUUAGAUUAAAUACAGGUGGUGGUGGUGGAGGUGCUAAUGAAGGGAUAUUCGGUAUCCAUGUUCUUGGAUCUCCUAGAUUAAAUGCCGGUGGAGGUGGUGGCUGGAACAGAGGUGGGGCUGGUGGAAGGGGUGGAAAUGGGAAGGGCAAAGGUGGUGGGCUUGGACGUUGUACGGGAGGAAAGGGCAGAAAUGGAAUCGGUGGCAAUGGAGGAAAAGGUAUUGAUGGAAUUGGUGGGAAUGGAGGGAAGGGAAGUGAAGGAAAUGGUGGCAAGGGAGGGAAGGGUAAAGGGGGCAGUGGUGGCAAAUUAGGCAAAGGAGGCCACGGGAAAUUAUCCUGCUUUGACUUGACUGAUAUCUCGUUUGUUGACAUCUUUAAACCAGGAACAUCGCAGACUGGAGAUGAGCUCGCUAUUAAACUUGCCUGGCAUAUUGAUUCAAUUGCCAAGCCCUCCACGCAGUCAACACCAUCAACCUCUGGCACUUCCAGCAUAUAUAUUCCAUAUCUAUCCGUUGUUCUGUUAACAGAGAACUCAAUCUUCUCACUAGUUGUUGGUGAGUUUGCUUUGAAUGUACAUUGGAUGUGA